GCGGUCGUGUUCCGUACAGUGGCCGAGGUGGUGGAAAGAGAGGCACGACGAGGUGGUAUACGUUAGCGAGCGUCGAGAGAAGCAGCGGAGUCUAUCGUGAGCCCUCGAGGAGCGUAUCCGAGCGAGCGUAUUCCGGUCUUCUCGUAGUCGUCCUUCGUUCGCACGCACGCGGGUGGACGCGCGCGCGCGCGCGCGCACGCGGGUGCAAUCCUGAGUGGAGUACGAGGCGAGAAAAAGGUGUCCUCCGAGAGUUGCGCAACCGGCGCACCGUGUCUUCUUUUCAGGAUGGGUUAGAAGCGUGUUUUUCGCGAGUGUGAUUUUCAUUUCGUCAGCUAUCAGUGACGUGAUACGAUCGUGACUGGUUCCUCAUCGUGGAGACGUGUACAGUGAAAUUCCACGACGACCUGUUCGUCCUUCGUCCUCGUCGUAAGAGAGAGAGAGAGAGAGAGAGAGAGAGAGAGAGAGAGAGAGAGAGAGAGAGAGAGACGCAGCGGGCUGAGCGAACGACCGUAACCGUCGUUGUCCGAAGUUGUCGGAAUCCGGAGUCGUCUGCUCGCGUUCAGGGCGAAUGAACUGCGCACGGCGAUGAUAGUUCUCCGCAGCGCGGCGAUGCGCAAGUAAUGAGGGAGCUGCGUGAUCGACCGAGCACGACCGGCCGGUGAUAGAGAGACGGAGAGAGAGGAGAAAGAAGGAAAAAGGAAGAGAAAUUAUAUAUACCUAACCUCGACCUCCAAGUGCUCUGUAGUAGCGUGCUGCGCAACGACGACAUCGUGGUCACGCCACACGUAGUACAGACGUCGUAUUCGACGGUACGAGACACGUCGUGGUAAUGCGAGUUUUUACGAUGAACGGAGCCAAUAAGUCUGUAGCUGAACUAGUAUACAUUUUUGGAACUUAAAGUGAGAUUAAUAUAUGUUCGAUAUUUGGCGAAAGGAGAAAGAGUUUUAGUGCGAUUUAGUGAAAGGAAUAAAAAAAAAAAAGAAAAACAGAUCUUAGUAUUACUUUGUGAGGCUGCAACCUCUGGAAACGGAGUACCUUGUAACGUACCAAAUAAUAAAAUCUUAUAGCCGACGUGUAAUAAUUUCUUCUCGAUUAACGGAUCCGUGUUCUAAGGAGACUUAACUCUGUGAUAGGAGGAUCCUGGAUUAAUUGGAGAAUCACCGGGGGACUUCGUGAAAGUCCCACCAAGCUGUGUCUCGUAAGCUCAACAAGUGAACCGUCGUCUCAUAGUCGAUUCCGCUGAAGAAACCGCUUCUACUGGAUUAUCCAGGAAACGGAAUCUUACUACAUGUCUUCGCGAUCGAGAGCAAGGAUUUAAAUACCGACACUGCGCGACACGUCCUUUCACGUUUCGGAGUCCCGAUCGAUUUCGGAGCAUCGGCUGCGUUAAAUGCGCAACAAGUUGAAGGGAGAGCACGUGGCGAGCGCAGCGCGCUCGAAUCAAUUACAGUGUCUGUCCUUACGUAAGACCAGCUGACGCACGCGACAGCGAUAACAUUUGGUCGUCGCUGAUAAGGGAUUUGAGAUUCCGCGAGCGAGCAACAAAUCGCGAGAGUGGUCAGUCGAGACGAAUCGCGGAUCAAAGCAACGCGAGCGUAUUUUGCUACGAAAAUUCAAAAGCUUGAUGUUUUUCAUGUUAAUCUCGUUUUGAAUAUAUCGAACUCGCAGAUACGAGAGAGAGAGAGAGAGAGAGAGAGAGAGAGAGAGAGAGUUUCGAUAUUUGAAAGAAUUUUUACUCAAGAUUUUUCGAGAUUUAUAGCAUCGCAACAUUACUCAAGGUGUCGAUGCGAGAAAAUUGUUAAAGAGUUCUCAUCGAGGGCAAGAAGCAGAGGAAUUCCUCUCCCUCCUCCGGAAGAGAGGGCUUUAAUUAUUACUAGUGCGGCAGGGCGGCAAGCAACUUUGAAUGACCUUCGUAUUCUGCGGCUUCGUCUUCGACUCGUCUGACGAGAAGACGAGACAAAUGCCGGUCGCUUCGGAGGACUGGGUGCCCCACCCGGGCGCCAAGAUAACCAGUUCCAUCACCACCGUCAAGGGUGCCACCAUACAGAGCACGACGACGGCCUGGAUGUCGCCCUACAGCAGGACGGCACCACCGGAUCGUGGAGGAUCUAACAACAACAACAAUAAUAACAACAAUGGCGUGGUUAUUUUAGAUGGCUGCAGACCACCAGCGGCCACAACGGCCAGAAGAUUCUUCAGGUGGUUCAGUAGAUUAGGACAACCACCGAUGGGCAAGACAGGGGUGCUGGAGAUGGCGGCCACCGAGAGCACGAUCCGAUUUAGCGGCCACACGUUGGACAAGGCGACCAAGGCCAAGGUAACGCUGGAGAACUACUACAGCAAUCUGAUAGCGCAGCACAUCGAGCGAAAGCAGAGGCUGGCGAAGCUCGAGGAGUCCCUCAAGGAUGAGGGCCUCUCGGAACAGCAGAAGCAGGAGAAGAGGCAGCAGCAUGCUCAGAAGGAGACCGAAUUCCUCCGACUAAAGCGGUCCAGGCUUGGCGUCGAGGACUUCGAACCUCUCAAGGUCAUCGGCAGGGGAGCAUUUGGCGAGGUAAGACUCGUACAGAAGAAGGAUACUGGACACGUGUACGCGAUGAAGAUCCUCCGGAAGGCAGACAUGCUCGAGAAGGAGCAAGUUGCGCACGUCAGAGCGGAGAGGGACGUCCUCGUGGAAGCGGACCAUCAGUGGGUUGUGAAGAUGUACUACAGUUUCCAAGAUCCUAUAAAUCUCUAUCUAAUAAUGGAGUUUCUUCCUGGUGGUGACAUGAUGACGUUACUCAUGAAGAAGGACACGCUUUCCGAGGAGUGUACGCAAUUUUAUAUUUCUGAAACGGCGUUAGCGAUCGACUCCAUACACAAAUUAGGUUUUAUUCAUAGAGACAUCAAACCAGACAACCUGUUGCUGGAUGCACGGGGCCACAUAAAACUUUCUGAUUUUGGACUGUGCACGGGUUUGAAGAAAUCACACAGAACUGAUUUUUACCGAGACCUGAGUCAAGCGAAACCUUCCGAUUUCAUGACAUCAUGCGGGAGUGGAAGCGGUGGCGCGAUGGAUAGUAAAAGGAGAGCUGAGAGCUGGAAAAGAAACAGGAGAGCGCUGGCUUACAGCACGGUAGGCACUCCAGACUAUAUCGCGCCGGAAGUAUUUCUGCAAACAGGUUACGGACCGGCUUGCGAUUGUUGGUCCCUGGGAGUUAUUAUGUACGAGAUGCUUAUAGGAUAUCCGCCAUUCUGCAGUGAAAAUCCACAGGAGACGUAUAGAAAAGUAAUGAACUGGCGAGAAACGUUAGUAUUUCCACCGGAAGUCCCCAUUAGUGAAGAAGCUAAAGAUACCAUUAUCAGAUUUUGCUGCGAAGCCGAUAGAAGAUUAGGAGCUCAAAGAGGCAUCGAGGAGCUCAAAUUAGCGCCUUUCUUCCGCGGUGUCGAUUGGGAGCACAUCAGGGAAAGACCAGCUGCUAUACCGGUCGAAGUGCGAUCCAUCGACGACACAUCGAACUUCGACGAGUUUCCAGAUGUGAAAUUAGAGAUACCGUCCGCGCCAAUGCCACAGGAUGGUGAGGUAAUAUACAAGGACUGGGUAUUCAUUAAUUACACCUUCAAGCGCUUCGAGGGUCUGACACAACGGGGCACACCGACCAAGAAAUAGCAACCCCUCACUUCCUGUUCGAUCAACAACGCCGUCGCCAAUCAGCAGCCAGCUGACGUGAUCGAAAUUCCGGCCUUGGUACAUCAUCCUCAUCCGCCGCCGUCGGCGACAAUGGUGUCGCGUACGGCGGAUGGUUGACCUAUCUCGCUCUUGGACGCGGUUUAAGUAUCGAAUCAUUCUUAUUUGUAUAUACGUGAUGAGCACGGAUUGUCGUGAAUACGUGCAGCGUCAAUCACGGAUAUCGACAGUCGCGAGCGGUGACAAGCUCGGUCAACCAAGCAGAUAGGCGGGCAAAUAUAGAAGAGUAUAGCGAUAAAAGUGCACAAUACACGAGUACUGCACGUCUGACGCGUGCAUCGAUAAUACGCAUUAAGGCGAUGCGAGCGAAAUCUUUCGUUGUGUGACUCACGGUGAUUCUCGUAAGUUUCUCCGUCGGGAAGCAUUAUUCUUUACUCUUGUCGUGCCGCGGAGGAGGCGUUUUGUGCGAAGCGUAGCAUAAUAAGCUCUCUGUGGUAAUGGUAUUAAACGGAAAUGAUCGGAGAGAGCCUCGGUCCCAUGAUCCUCAUGUACUUCUUAUUUAUCUAUACGCGCGUGUCAACGAAAUUUUAUCAUGCGAAAUACAUUUGUAGAAAGCUCGGCUAAGCUCUCGAAUCAAGCUCUCUUUUUCUCUCUGUUCAAACGUUGUAUUUAUAAUUAACUCUCUGUGAUAUAUAUGAAGUUGUUGAAAAUAUCUGCUAUCUUCGGAUCUUUUUGUCUGUUAGCGGAUGCUAUGCUUUUAUUGAUGUUGUAUAUAUGUGAUUAAUCGUAUUUCAAUAUGUCUUGAAAAUUUAAAAGUUGUUGUGAUGAAAUUUUAUAAUAUUAUGUAUUUUUGCGCUACUUUUGAGAGCUUAGAUCCGUUCACGAAACUAGGAGACUUACUAAUAGAAUUGACUACACGCGCACGAAACUUUUUAUAUAUGUAUAAAAAAUCCUGAUAUAUUUUACACGGUUUAUCAUUACGUGAUUCAUAGCAUUAUGUAAUGAUAAAUUUUCGGUACCGGGUCUCUCUCUUUCUCUAUCUCUCUUUCUCUUGUAAGGCAAUAAUAAACACUUAGCCGUGUCUGAAUAUACGAUAAAGGAUGCUAGGCUUCAAAAGAUACCGUAAAAAGGCGUAAGAAGGGAGAAAGAAAGAUUACACUUGUAAGAUUCAGGGCUCCUUCGUUGCCUUAUUAAGGUUCCUAACAGACAGCCCAACAAAUCCGUACGUUUAAACGAAAGAGAUGAGCCAGUUCUUCGAUGGAAAAUGGCAGUGUGUUGCGACAGUGUAUAGAAAAUCGUACACACGAACGUGUAUUUUAACACUCGAUGGAACCGAAUACUUUUUCUUUCGAUCGCACUGUAAACAAUUUUACGAUUUACAUUUCGUAGUUUUGCUGACAGCCAGGGCACCUUGGUAAUAAAAUAGCGUAAUAACGAUAAAGACUAGGUAACAUUUAAGAUAACAAACAUACAUACACACAGAAGUACCUAUACGUUAAAUAAAGGAUUGCACGCGUACGCGUUCAAAACGUAAUUGCGUUUGGAUAAUAUAGUACAUGUAUAAAAAGAAAAUUCUCAACGCUCCUUCCACGUAACGUUCCGGCGUGUAUCCACUUAAUAAUCACGCAAUCACGCUGUACUGUACAUUCGACGAAGAGAUUAGUUUCGUACGACUACUCCGCCUGCGUAUGUAUCUUAAUGCCGUUUAUUGAAUGAAGUCUCCAGGUAGUUUAAAUAAAGCAGAGAGCGCCUAGAUUACGGUGUACUACCAGUUAAGCAAGUAAUUUAAACAAAGAGAAAAAAAGAAGAAAAUCACCCGCGAGUAAAGCUAGUAGAAAAAAAAGAAAAAUGAAAACUAUUUUCUGCACUAUGCUAGGAGUUAAAUCGACGAGUGUAACGUAAGCGGGAAAGUUAGGGAGCUAUGGAAUACUUUUAGUCUCUCCUCUUGUCGCCAUUGAGUACAGAUGCUCUGACGUCCAUGCUAUUAAGCAAAGAAAAGAAAAAAAAA